AACUUGAUGCUGCUAGCUGUAGGUUCCUCCUCUCCGUACUCAAAAGAGAAAAGCAAGCUGAAAUGUCUUUUUUUGUCAUUCCGUGUUGUUGAACCGCGGCUGGUGAAAGCCAGAUACCCAAAAUGUCCCCAGGUGGGUUUUUUCAUUACUUUUAACCCAACCCUUCAAGUUUUUUCCCCCACUUUUACGGACAUUUUUGAACGAAACGCUUAAUUUGUUUUCAGAUAUCUGCGGUGAAUCACGUCCUGAACAAGAGUUCUAAUGAAAACACACUGAAAACACCAAGUCGGCACGUUUACUUUAGCACAGCCUACUUUUUACCGUUUACCGUGUUUUUCCCCGUUAUUUUUGAUAGCUUUGAGAGUCUUUUAAACUAUGGCGUUCUUCGUGAAAAAGAAGAAAUUCAAGUUUCAGACCCAUCUUACCCUGGAGGAGCUCACCGCGGUGCCUUUUGUCAACGGCGUCCUCUUCUGCAAGCUCCGGCUGCUGGAUGGAGAUUUUGUCGCUACUUCUUCCAGAGAGGAGGUUCACAAUCACUGUGUGCGCUGGAGGAAGAGGUUUACCUUUGUGUCCAAAAUGAGCGCCAACCCCCACACUGGAGUUCUGGACCCGUCUGUCUGCAGGGUGUCAGUCAGGAAGGAACUCAAAGGAGGAAAGGCGUACACUAAGCUGGGCUUCACAGACCUCAACAUGGCGGAGUUCGCAGGUUCGGGCUCCACCGUGCGCUGCUGUCUGCUGGAGGGAUAUGACACGAAGAACACACGGCAGGACAACUCCAUACUGAAGGUGAUCAUUGGGAUGACCCUCCUGUCGGGAGAUCCGUGCUUUAAAACACCUCAAAGCACAGCAAAGUCCAUCUCCAUCCCAGGACAGGAGCACACCCUGCAGCUGGACUGCAAGGGGGAGGGCACUGCUGAGCCUGGACCGCCGGGAGGGGUUUCCCUGGGCCGAGGCUCCAAACAUCGGCCUUCCAUCAUCAGCUCAGGACUCCUGGAGGAAUCUGAGGUGAAUCCGUCGGUUCCUGCAGAAGCUUUCCAGUCUGGUCACUCUCGUAACUCCAGCUACGCCAGCCAGCACAGCAAAAUCUCAGGAUACAGCACGGAGCACUCCUGUUCCUCCAGCCUGUCGGACCUCACGCAUCGCAGGAAUACCUCGACAGGAAGCAGCACCUCCGGGGGCUUGUGCUUCACGGUUGACACCCCCCCAGAUGGGGACAAGGACGCUGGACGUCCGGAGAGACCCCCUCGACCCCCACGACCAGUUUUACCCCCAAAUAGGCCUCCGAGGAGGAAGCAGGACUCGGUGGAGAGUCACCCCUCCUGGGUGAACGACACUCGCAUGGAUGCCGACGACAUCGUGGAGAAAAUCGUCCAAAGCCAGAACUUUGCAGACAUCAGCCACACCGAAGACAGCAACUUGCGCCUGUUCGUCAGCAGAGAUGGAACCACGGCGCUCAGCGGCAUCAGGCUUGGAAAUGGGUGAGGAGCUCUGCUGUCUUUGUUUUUGGUUUAUUUCUCACUUCCCAGAACUUGAGUUUCAGUAUUGGAGUGCAGGAGCUGCAUGAAGUCUAAACAGUUUCCAAAAAUACUGGAAAAUCUCAGCAAUGUAAUAAUUUACAUACCGUAAAUCUCCCUCUGAGGACCCAACUUUGAAAUAUGAAUUUAAAGCCCUUGUUUCACUAUCUCCAUGUCACUCUCCCUCUGAUGCUCACUGAGAAGCUCAAAUAGGUUCCUAUGAUUUGGUGGCUUCUUCCUUUUUCUAAGAGUUAUGGCUGUAAUUCAUGGAGCACUCCGUCAUGACACUAGAACUCAUUCAGGUGAUAAUUUCCAGUUAUAGUACACUGUGCUGUUCUGAGCUCAGUCCCUCUAGAGGAUGCUCGACUCCUCAUGAAGUCUGAUUAUGACAGUCUGCUUAGAAACAUGCACGAGUCACUCACUGCAGGUCCUUCUGUAGGGCUCUGGCUCCCCCAGCUCCUCGUUGCACAAAGGAGCAGAUAGCAGUUCUACUACUGGGUCGAUGGCGUUGCCAGCUCUUCUUGUGUAACAGCCCCUCUCCUAGUAUCGCCGUAAUACUUUUGAAACUGUGCUUUGAUGGAGCAAACCUU